AUGCAAACCAAAACAAGUUCGAGCAGAUUUGUUCGAAUUUUUCAGCUACGGAGCCCGUCGAAAACAGAAAAGGACGCCGAAGCGGCGAGUUCUACGACUGAGAAGCCAUCGAGCACGAGCUCAGUCCCUUCCUCCACAAUUCCUGAAAAAUCUUCGCCUACUACUAAACGACGAUUCCGGCAUGACGUCGCUGUACUUCGAGCGCUGGCCAUAAUUGCCGUGCUGGGCUACCAUUUUGCUCCCAAAUACUUCCCGCUUGGAUUUUAUGGGGUGGACUUAUUCUUCGUGAUCUCCGGGUAUUUAAUCAUGGGUAUUCUGGCGAGUGACCGGUCGCCAUACUACAUGAAGAUUUACAAUUUUUACUACAAACGUUUGCGGCGUAUCUGCCCGCUAUAUUAUUUUGUGUUGUUGGCGAUUGGCUUUUCCUCAAUCUUCAUCUAUUCGGCCGGGUGGUUGACCAGAUUUCUCGGCCAUUUCCGGCAAGCAUUGAUGAUGUAUCUAAACGUGGAUUUGUUGUUCAGCGAUGGUGACUAUUUUGCGGAGGCCACCGAAGCGAUGCCAUUUCUACAUGCUUGGUCACUGGCCGUCGAGAUGCAAUUCUAUUUGGUGGCCCCAGCCAUCUAUUUUAUGGCCAGCGUACGGUGCUCAAAACUGGGCCCACUGGGUCUCUACGCAUUGGCCGUCCUGUUAUUUUCAUCCCUAAUCUUCGACUAUCUCGUCAAUGCCGCCUAUUCCUUCUACUUUCCCUUUUCGAGGCUUUGGCAAUUUGCGGCCGGGAUGUUGGCCUGUGCUUUGUCGAAAGGAGAUGGCGAAGACUCGAAAGCAUCCACGAAAAUCGAGCUGAUCCCCGUGUUCACCGUACCCUUCCUAUGUACCUUAUUCCUGCCCUGGGGGCAGCUGAUAGUUUUCGCAAAGGAGGCGAAAAUUGUGGUGACGCUGGCAGCGGCUGCGUUUCUGGGGACCGCCUCUUAUGGAAGUACUAUCGAUUGGUCGAGGGCUCGACUCGGAUAUAUCGCCGCAAUAUCAUAUUCGCUAUAUUUAAUCCACUACCCAGUGCUGCGGUACGCCGAAUAUUUGCAGCCGUAUUUCUUCCCCGGCACUUCCGUGCUCCUCGUUGCCCUUCCCCUCUCCCUUCUGCUGAGCAUCAUAAUCCACGAGUUCUUCGAAAAACCCCAACUACGCGCCGCUCCAAUUGACACCGCCAAAAAUAUUCUCCUGCCGCUGAUCGUUGGGCUGUUGUUCGCCCAAUUCUGGCCAAAUGCCGCUCAUCCAUUUCAACCAGAAGAUAGCAACACAAAUAUACGAAACAUCGAGACGAAAUAUAAACUGGAGGGUGGCCAUUAUGUGGAUGAUGGCUUUUUGGAUGGACACUCGGUGUCACCACCGCCGUUUGGACAUUACGAAUGGCUGAACAACACUGGCAACUUGAGCGUGGUUGUUGUCGGCAAUUCGUGGGCCAGCCAGCAGGCACAUAUAGUCCGGGAGCUGCUCCCUGAAAAUGUAACGUCAAGCAUGGACGCGUUCACUUUCCCGUCACGCGGUGUGAUAUGGCAUUAUUUGAAGGGAGGCACCGAGAUUUUUUGGCGUUUUAUGGAAAAGAAGCGCCCGAAAAUCGUCUUCAUCGUGCAAAGAUACGUAGACGUGUUGGGCGAUUUGGAUGCGUAUAGGCCAGGGAAUGACACCCUGCUGGAGAAAUAUAUGGAGAGUAUCGAUCGACUGAGCAAAUUCGCCGACCACAUCUUCAUCCUUGGCCAUCAGCCGUUUGAUUGUAGCGAUGCGACGCACGAUUUUCUCAACAGAUUUGUGGAUCAUUUGAAUUUCGGCAAGAAUGUCGACAUUUUUAAUGAGCCGUAUGAUAAAACCCAAUUCGAUGCAGUUUCGGUGCGGCAGAGAUUGCGGGCUGUUUUGAAGAGAUGUCAGAAGUGUCAUCUAAUCGAUCCGGCGAUACCGUUUAUUGACGAAACCGCGCAUUUAAUCCGGACGUUCGACCCGGCGACUCGGCUGGCCUACCGCGAUAACGGGUGUCAUUUGACGCAUACCGGAAUUGAUCUCAUUACUAGCGUCUAUAGACGUGUUAUGAGUGCAUUGUUGGUGAUGGCCGCAUUAAUGAUCGUGCAUACCAUGCUUGUGCUGAUUGCCGUCACGGAUCCAGGCGUACGGUAUGCGGCCAGGCGGCGCUUUGCUCGAUUGGUCCAGCGGGAUACGGCAAACAGCUGGGAUGGCGUCGUCUCAACCGCUGUCUUUGUCGAGAGCAUGGAUGCUUUAAAUUUCGACAUUAUUACCGGAAGGCUGCGGUACUUUCAACGCCAGCUGGACCGCCCCAACGACACCUAUUGGCAAUUCUUUUUCCGGCUUGAUGAGAGUGGGACCUGCCCAAGCUUUUCCUUGAGUGAAAACGCUACCGUAAUCUCAACGAAUCCCCUGCUCGAAGCAGGGAACCCGGAGAAAUACCCCAUUAAUGUUGCGAGGAAUUUGGCGCGGAAAUUCGGGCCUCCGCAUCGAUAUUUGCUGUUUGCCGAUAUGGAUCAGGAAUAUUCGUUGGGUGCCGAGGAAAAGCUACGGGCGUAUGCAACAAGCCGAAAAAUUGAGGAAAACGAUGAGCUGCUCGUGAUCAGAAGAUUUGAGCACAAAACGGGAACCAAAGCACCACGCGCCACUCGCGAUCUGCGCUCCCGGUUGAACAAAACGGUGUUCUACUUUCACGAGAAAUACUUUACGCUCGGCCACCGUAUCCCGAAUUUGACGGAAUGGUCGCAGCGAGGAGAGGAUUCCAUGGCCGUGCAAGCCAUCCGGCGUCCAAACAAAUUCUGGGAGCCAAUGUUCGUCGCGGCGGCCGACAUACCGUACCACGACGAGGCGUUGGUGUAUCAGCAGAAGAACCAUCUGACGUUGCGCUGGGACCUGUGUGCGAUGGGCUACAAAUUCCUGGUGGUGGACGCCGUGUUUAACACCCACGAGGGGAUUAAAGAUCUACAAGACGUGGGCCCGUAUCGCUUCCGAUCUGUCGUGAGUUUUACCCGUUAUCUU